AUGGCCGACCAGCAGAGCAAUCGGCCCCAUCGGCCCAAGAAAGAGAAGAAGCCCCAUACUGCAGAGAGGAACCCCAAGGCCUUUGCAUUCGCCGCGCCUGGCCGGUUGAAAAAGCAGGCUGCGCGCUCUACAGAAGUCAAAGAAAAGCGCCUCCAUGUCCCACUCGUCGACCGCAUUCCCGAAGAGGCUCCCCCAAUCAUCGUCGGUGUCGUUGGUCCUCCGGGAGUCGGAAAAACCACCCUCAUCAAGAGCUUAAUCAGACGAUACACCAAGCAGACGCUCUCCACCCCCACCGGCCCCCUCACAGUCGUUACCUCGAAGCGCCGACGCCUGACAUUUAUAGAAUGUCCCGCCGACUCGCUCGCCAGCAUGAUCGACAUCGCAAAGGUCGUGGAUAUAUGUCUGCUGAUGAUUGACGGCAACUACGGCUUCGAGAUGGAGACAAUGGAGUUUCUCAACGUCCUGAGCGCAAGCGGUAUGCCCGGAAACGUCUUUGGCAUCCUGACGCAUCUGGACCUGUUCAGGAAGCAAGAAACCCUCAAGCUGCAGAAGAAGCGACUCAAGCACAGGUUCUGGAGCGAGCUGUACCAGGGCGCCAAGCUCUUCUACCUCAGCGGUGUCGUCAAUGGCCGAUACCCCGACCGCGAGAUCAUGAACCUCUCGAGGUUUUUGAGCGUCAUGAAGAACCCCAGACCGUUGAUUUGGAGGAACUCGCAUCCGUACUGUCUCGCAGAUAGGUUCUUGGAUAUCACGCCCCCAACCGAUAUCGAGCAGAACCCGAAAUGCGAUCGCACCAUUGCGCUCUACGGUUACCUGCGCGGCACCAAUUUCCCCGCUGGAGGCUCACGAGUGCAUAUACCGGGUGUGGGCGAUCUUACCGUCACUUCGACCGAGCCACUGCCAGACCCGUGUCCGACACCCUUUGCAGAAAAGCAGGCUGAGAAGGUUUCGGGCAAGAAGAAGCGCACCAGGCUUGGCGAGAAGCAGAAGAUUUUGUAUGCGCCAAUGUCCGACGUUGGUGGUGUGCUGGUCGAUAAGGAUGCUGUUUACAUUGAUGUCAAGACUUCCACAUUCGACCCGGAAGCCGAUUACUCUGAGAAGGGACUGGGCGAGCAGAUGAUGAUUGGUCUUCAGGGUGGGAGGAAACUCCUCGGUGAAGACGACGGCAACUUUAGGCUCUUCAGGGACGGUGAUGUUGUGGACAACAAGAACCUCGACGACGACGCUGCAGACACUGGUCGAAAGUCUCAGCGGAUGGCUAGAGCAGCGGAUGCUGAAGACAUUGACGACGCUGAUCUGGAGGGCAUCGAUAGCGAUGACGAAGAGCUGCAGCGAGACCACAGCGACGCGGAUGACGACGAAGACGACACCGGGUUUCUGGAUACCAACGGGCCUCCCAGCGGCAAGUUCAAGGUUGCGCGUAAGGACAAGGAAGCCAACGGCGAUGUAGCAGAGGACAUAGCAUUUGCAGACAGUGACUCCGACCUUGGUUCAAUAUCCGGAGAUGAGCCUGAUCUCGAAGACCUCGCAGAUGGUGAUUUCGGUUCGGAAGAGUCAGACGACGACGCCGAAGACGGUGCGCGGUGGAAGGCCAAUCUACGGGAAAACGCUGCGAGGUUACAUGGGCAGAAGCGAGCGUACCGCAUUUCUGAUUUGGCGAAGAUGAUGUACAACAUGGAUCUGGCACCUCAAGAAGUCAUUGAGAAAUGGAAAGGCGAAGAGAAGGAGGAGGAUAUUGAGGAAGAUGAAGACGAAGAAGAUGGCUUCUUCAACAAGCGGAAAGCAGACGACGCCGCCAACACCGAGGACCGAUACAUACCCACAUUUAAUUACGACGAGCUCGCCGAAAAGUGGGAAGACGAGGAGAAUGUCGAGGCUCUCAUGGGUCGCUUUGCUACAGGUCACAUGAACGGCAAGGGUGGCGAUGGCGACGAAGAUGGCGACGACUUUGAGGGCUUUGAUGAAGACGAUGAGGGCGACGGAGAGUUUGAAGACUUGGAGACUGGCGAAAAGCACGGAGGCGAGACUGAAAAGACCGAAGCCGAGGCCCAGGCCAAUUCGAUCGAAGCAGAGCGUGAAAAGAACGCACGGCGGAAAGAAGAGCUCAAACUCCGGUUUGAAGAGGAGGACAGAGAGGGCUUCAUGAACGACAAGACUGACGGCCGGAAAGAAGGCGGGGAUGACGAAGAGUUUGGCGAGGACGACUGGUACGAUGCUCAAAAGGCCAUGAUUCAGAAGCAACUUGACAUCAACCGCGCCGAGUUCGACCAGCUAGACGAAUCUUCCCGCGUUCGUGUUGAGGGCCACAGAGCAGGCACGUACGCGCGUAUUGUGCUUGAGAACGUCCCCUGCGAAUUCUCAAUGCACUUUAACCCGCGCUUCCCGGUCUUGAUUGGAGGUCUCACGCCUACCGAAGAGCGCUUUGGAUACGUGCAGAUACGCAUCAAGCGACACCGAUGGCACAAGAAGAUUCUCAAGACCAACGACCCCCUAAUCUUCUCGCUGGGUUGGCGACGGUUCCAGACUACGCCCAUCUACAGCAUCUCGGACUCGCGGACGAGAAACCGCAUGCUCAAGUAUACGCCCGAGCACAUGCACUGCUUCGGUACAUUCUACGGCCCCCUCGUCGCUCCCAACACGGGCUUCGUCUGCGUCCAAAGCCUGUCCAACAAGACGGCCGGGUUCCGCAUUGCUGCCACAGGCGUAGUCCUCAACGUCGACGAAAGUACCGAAAUCGUAAAGAAGCUCAAGCUCACAGGACAUCCUUACAAGAUUUUCAAAAACACGGCCUUUGUCAAAGACAUGUUCAAGUCGGCUCUUGAGAUUGCAAAGUUCGAAGGCGCAAGCAUACGCACCGUCUCUGGUGUGCGCGGACAAAUCAAACGCGCUCUCAGCAAACCCGAGGGCAACUUCCGUGCUACUUUUGAAGACAAGAUCCUCAUGAGUGACAUUGUCUUCCUCCGAGCCUGGUACCCCAUUAAACCCCACCGCUUCUACAAUACCGUCACCAACCUCCUCUGUCCCGCCGGCACCGACCAGCCCGGCGAAUCCACCUCGUGGCAAGGCAUGCGUCUCACGGGCGCCGUCCGCCACGAGCAAGGUCUCUCCACGCCCUCUGAAAAGAACAGCGCCUACCGCCCCGUCGAGCGUCAAACCCGCGUCUUCAAUCCCCUCCGCGUGCCCCGCAAGCUCGCCGCCGACCUCCCCUUCAAAUCCCAAGCCGCAGUCACCAAGCCCCAAAAGAGCCAGACGUACCUGCAAAAACGCGCCGUGGUGCUCGGUGGUGAGGAGAAGAAGGCCAGACGACUCAUGGACCAGGUCAUUGCCAUCAGAAACGAUAAAGUCGAGAGGCGCAAGAAGAAGCAGGACGAGCGCAAAGAUCCGUAUCGCAGAAAGGUCGAGGAGAAUGCCGAGAAGAGGGAGGAGAGGGAGAAGAGGGAGCGCAAUGAGUAUUGGGCGCGCGAAGGCAAGAAGAGGGCGAGGCAGUCUGGACAAGAUGAUGGUGGGGGCGGCAAGAGGAGGAAGUAA